AUGGAGCUGCAGACUCGCAGGCAGAAGAUGCUCACAGGGUGCAUCCCUUGUCUUGUGAGAGGGCUCGCUUGCGAUCCCAAAAACGCCGGGUGCAAGCUUGCGAUAUCUGAUGACUGGAAUCUCAACUACGAAUCCACGACGCCAGCAGCGAACCAGCCCGCCCUGGCGACCCAGACGAGCCUGACCGUGUUUCGCCCGGAUACAAAAUGGCGGCGGAACUGGAGGGAACGGCACAGUCUGAAUUUCUUCGUCAACUUCUCCGCCCCUCAGAUGGCCGGCUUCUUCGACUCGACCUUCUGGCAGCGCAUGGUCAUCCAGACUUCCUAUCAGGAGCCCGCCAUCCUGCACGCCAUCACCGCCAUCGGCGCGUUGCACGAGUGUAUUAUGCAGCGCGCGUUUGCCGAUGAAAAACGCAAAGCACGCGCCAUCGAAUUCGCGCUGGAUCAGUGCAACAAAGCCAUCUCUUGCUUGACCAGCCGCCAGGCUGCCAUCACCAACAUGGACUCUGAAGAUGGCGGGCAGAGCAUCCACAACUCACGGCUCGCCUUGACGACGUGCGUACUGUUCACCUGCUUUGAAGCUAUGCAAGGCCGAUGCGACAGUGCCGUCAACCACGCGCUACAGGGUCGUCGCCUGUUGCAAGCGACCGGCAGACCGAAUGUCACGAGCAUGUCUCCUGCCGAGGAGGACGACCUGGAGCAGAUGCGACCAAUCGUGGAGCGGUUAGAAGUACAAGCGACUGCCCUCCUCGACAAAGGCCGCCGGCCGGAAAUCGACACCUCCGACCAAACACCCCCCCUCCCUCCCAUCGAAUACGUCUUCAGCCUCGACCACGCGCACAACACCCUCCACACCGCGCUCAACAGCGUCAUGCGCUUCAUGCAAGGCUUCCACCCCACCGCCCCCAGGGACCACAUCGCCGUCACCAUGGCGGAGAAAUACCUCCGCUACGCGCCGUGGUUCGCCAAAUGGGAAGCCGCCUUCACCGCAUACCUUGCCGACCGGCGCGAGCAAAUGUCCAACAUGGACCUCAAGCGCGCCAUGGUGCUCAAAGCCAACCACCUCGUCGGCACAAUGCUGGCGUCCGUCGACCAGUCCGCCGGCCCGGUGGCGUACGACGCUUACGAAGCCGAGUUCCGCGCAAUCGUCGACCUCGCCCGCGAAGUCCUCGCUUCCUUCUCUUGCCCUCCCCUCCCCACCCUCACCGGCGGCAGCUCCGGCACACCGUACCUUUCUUUCUCCCUCUGGGUCACCGAUCCCCUCUGGAUGGCCAUUUCCCGUUGCCGCAACCCCAGCAUCCGCCAGGCUGCUUUCACAUUACUUUCGCAGAACCCGCGACAAGAGGGCAUUUGGCACGCGGGUCCGCAGCUUACGAACCAGCGGUAUUCGCGGCAGGGCGGCGCUGCGCCGAAAGAUGCCGCGAAGCCUGACGCGCCGACGGUGAAUGCGCACAAGAGGAAGCAUGGCAGUCAGACGCCGACUUCUGCUCAGACGAGUGCAAGGCAGGAUCUGACUUCGCAGUCUAGCUUUGCGAGUCAGGAAGGAGAUGACGGGGUGGUGGAGGAAAUCCGUCGCACGACGCCUUGA